CCCUGAUGUCCUCGGAAAAGCGCAGUGGGUUUUUGGUCCUCCGUUUCGCGUGAGCACGUGAUAUUCUCCGGCCAACGCCAUAUCCUUGUAUCGACUCGCCGCUUUGUUCUUCAUCAUUUCCCUCAGCAGUAGAUGCGUCGUCCAAUGUCAACAUGGCAGCUGCCAACGUGAAGCGUAACAUUGGCCUUUGCUCGAUCAAGCCAAGCACGCCGCGAUGCGGGACACCUCAGCAUGGAGUCUUUGCUUUUCCACGCCCCUCGCAUUUCACCUGAAGCUUGCCAUCAAGCUUCGCAAUUGAUCACUUUCCAACAGAUACACUCCUAGACACGAAAAGCCCGAAUCGCAGACAUGGUGCUCCACGGUUUGCUCCCGAAACCCAUCCCCGCGGACCUGAUCACCGUCGGUCAGCUCCUCACGCACCCUCUGCACCCCGAGAGAGACUGCUUCCUCUCUGACAUAGCGCAAGAGGAAGUCGAAGACCUCAAUGACUACCACAUCCAACUCCGCUACCGCGACAUCUUCUCCAUCGACACCGAGGGCCGCUUCAUGACAAACUACGGCCAUAAGUUCGACCUGGGGAGGAUAUACAGGCAGCCGAAUCUGCUCACCGUCAAGGCAGAGCAGAUGAUCCAGCGCACCAGCCAGAGCCCAUCGCAGGCCUUCCAGGCAGUAUGCAACGACCCCGAGGCCAGACAGUGGAUAUACGACACGGCAAAGGAGGGCAAGGAGCUGUACAUUGUGCUCGGCGUCACAGAGCUCAAGGACGCCGUCUUCAAGCGCGCCAAACUCCACGACGCCGGCGCCUCGAAGCGUCUCAACGAAUCGCCCAUUGAGCAAGGCGCCAACAUCCCCACGCCGCUACGCUCCACCCUCGGAGGCCUGGGCAGCGAGCCAAACAUCUCCGGCAUCUUCGGCAUGGACGUGCGCCGCGUCAUGGCGCGAGUCACCACUCCCGCAGAGCCCCACAGUCUAACCGACAUAGACUAUCGAUGGGUCUACUACGAUGUCCCCGACAGCGCCCACAAGGAGCAGCUGAUGGUCGGUCUGGGCAAGCAGUUGAAGGCGGACGAGCUGCGUCUGAUGCUCGACUUGAGUGAGGAGGUGGUCCAGGGCAAUCUCAACGUUAUCAGCCAGCUUAGUCUCGAUGCGUUGAGUGCUGCUGCUAGCCCCAUGCUGCGUCCUAGCUCCCCGGCUUUGCGCGGACGCUCGCCUUCGCCGCACCCUGCUAUGCUGCGAUCGUAGGGCCGUUGUGGUGAUAGGGUGUCGUUUUGACGAUUGUGUAUAACGAGAAAACUUGACGAAAAAGCACGAAUGGAAUGAGGUUCAGCUGGGAGUACAAACUUUUAUCUUCUACACAGCAUGAUGAAUCUGAUAGCGUAUGUACGACAACAUACCAUUUUGAUGACCAC